AUUAACAUUCAAUUCAUUACUAACCUUGCACCAAAUCCUCACGUGCCAUUCACGUGCACACUAUCUUAUCUUCUCAAAACAACAACACAACAAUAACAUAACACACCCUUUUCCUCUUUCUGUUUCACUCACUCUCUCUCUCUCUUAACGUCGUCGUUUUCAUUUUCAACAUUCUCUACAGUUUCUAUAUUAUUAUGGAUACAAAUACAGUUACAGUUACAGUUACACCACCGUCACCGUCAUCGUUACAAAACAUAAGCCCCAGCAUUCUCAUCAUUGUAAUCGUUCUCGCCGUCACUGUCAUCGUUUCAUUCGCAAUCUGUUUUCUUCUCCGUCACCUCAACUGUAACUGCCUCCGCCGUCGUAUCGCCGCCGAUCCAACAUCAACAACAACAACAACCGAAUCAUCACAUCACAACAACCAAAUCUCGCCGGAGAUAAUAUCUCCUUCCGUUAUCGAUUCACUUCCUCUGUUUACAUACUCUUCCAUUUCUCGCCGCUCCUCCGCCGUCACCGCCGCUGACUGCGCCGUUUGUCUCUCGAAGUUCCGUAACAGUGACCUCCUCCGUUCUCUUCCACUAUGUUGCCAUGCAUUUCACUCUGAUUGUAUUGACACGUGGCUUCGUUCAAAUCUCUCAUGUCCUCUAUGUCGUUCCUCUGUUUUUCCUUCCGAUUCCGACCUCGCGAAAAUUCUCCGAUCAAAUUCCUCGGAGAGUUUCCGAGUUGAAAUCGGAAACGUGAGCCGGCGAGGGACUAAUUCAACUAAUCCAGAACUCGCCGGUGGCGGUGACUCGAGGUCGUAUUCUAUUGGAUCGUUUGAUUAUCAUGUGGUUGAGCCAUCGGAAGUUUCAUUCACACAAGAUCACCGGAGAAGUGUUUCCGAUCAGAAGGAAAUUCACAUUCCGAUUUCAGAUGAUUCUUCUGUAGUUACUAUUGCCGGGGAAGUUUCUGGCAGUGGACAUUGGUUGAAGGAUUACGUGGACAGGCUUUCGGCUACUAUUUCAUCGCGAACGGCGUCGUUUCGAAGCUCUGGAAGGUUUUUCGGUGGUGGCGGAAGUAGUCGGAGAAUUGAGCCGGUUGAUUAUGAUGUGGAAGGUGGCAGAAUUGGUGAAGAGAUUAGUGAAAUGUUUCGUUGGCUUUCAGGGGUAUGAUGGUAAUUAAUUAGAUUAAUCACGUAGAUUAUGUUUUAAAAUUUUGAUAUAUAGUUUUUUAUUUUUAAUAUUUUCAAGCAUUCCUUGCUAUUAUUAUCGUUUUAGAACAAAAUUAGUGCAAAUGAUCAGAGAGGCAUAGUAACUUGGAUUUUGAUGAUGAAUUUUAUAGGAAUGAAUAUGAUAAUUUG